AUGGCCUUCUAUAUUGUUACUUUUGGAUGUAUAAUAAUUUCAUUAGUGGAUUUGACUCUGAAGCAGACAAAUACAAAUGGGAAAUAUGAAGUUGCGCAACAGGCAGAAGAAGUGGUAAGCACGAUGCUUGCAAAGGGUUCCGUUCUGGGAAAAGACGCGCUGCAAAAGGCGAAGUCAUUUGACGAGAAACACCAGUUGACAUCGAACGCGUCUGCGACCGCUGUUUCCAUUGACCAAAAGAUGGGUUUGACUCAGAAGUUAAGUACGGGGACAACUGUCGUUUAUGAAAAGAUGAAAGAAGUGGACGAACGUUACCAAGUAUCCGAAGCAACAAAAUCCGUCGUUGCUAAAGCUGAGCAGAAGGCGAGCGAUGCUGGUUGA